UUAUUGCAAGCGACCUACGUAUGUCAAGUUAUGUUACCCAAAACUAAAAUUUAGUCACGUUAUAAAUAUAGAUGUGCAUUUUAUGACCAAUAUAUAUAAACGCAUUGCUGCAUUCCUGAUAACUACGUCACAACUAUCUGACAGUAAAGGAAAUCUUAAAUUUUACUUUGUUUACUGAUGUUGAAGGUUCGAAAAAGUUUUGAAAACUUUUUGUUUACCGGUUUAUUAAGAUGGAACUACCAACAGGAGUUAUCUCAUUUGCGUAGGUACGAAAAUCGUUUGCCAGCAUCGGGGAAUGUGAAAUGUGUUACAGUGAACGCUUCAAAUGCAUUUAUAAAAUUUGUCGGAAAUGGAUUCAGUAAUUAAAAUUGAAGAUUCCAACUGUAAUAUUCCUACAUCAUCAACAUUUAACAAUAGUUCUGCUAUUUCCACUAUUUUCCAAAUGUGUCAAUCAAGCUGUACUGAUUAUGUUGGCGUUCUUCCUCCGCCUCCUCAUGACAUGUCUAGCGUGAACAGUGUUGAACUAAAUGCACAAACAUCGUUAAGUGAUGACUCAGGAGUUCCACUUACCACCAACAGUUCAAUAUCUAGUGGAGAUUCAUAUCGACAGGGCUUAUGCAAACAUGAAAUCGAAAUUGUUGAAAGUGACGGCGAAGUAUCUCAAUUUGAUUCACUUGAUAACUGCUCUGAAGGUGGAAUGAGUGCGGAAAAUUUCAACACAUUAAAAAAAGUCCCAUUAGCACCAAUAGAUCCUCCACUUGAAUUUCAGGACUCACCUGAUAUAGCAAUCGGUCGCUGUAUUAAGCAGAAACUAAGGCGUUUAUCUUCUUCACACUCUUCUUUGGAACAAUCAAAAGACUCUGAGCGUAAUGAAAACUCUAUUCGGGGGGAAAGAACUUUUUGUAAAGAUACUGACCUGGAAGUUUUUACUCAAUAUUUUGAUAAAAAAAAAGACCUUUACCUUACGAAGAAACCCAUAUACUCAAGCGACUCCAUUCUUAGUAAUCAUACGGAAAAUGUAUAUGAUGAGCCAAAUAACGUGAUAGGCAAUUACGCUUUUAAAAGUACUCAAAUAUCUGAGCCACAUACCUAUACAAUUUCACCAUCUUUACCACUAACGUCGCUCGCUUCUAUGCGAGUAAAAAGAGAUUUAUGUCCAUAUUAUCAAGACCACACUAAGUAUUUCAAAGCAAUACCUUCAGAACAAGAUAGUGUAAUGAGUGCUGCCCAGAAAUUCAAUACGUUUGGUCUCUCUGAAAUCCACGAUUAUGAUCUGUACUAUGGAAUAAAACGAAACGCGUUUCACUGUGAAAGCGGUAUACAAAAAAAGGUGCUGUAUAGUCCUCGAAAUGUAAAUAAUUAUUGUCACAGUCAUCACAUUUAUACCGGGCCCAGUGGAUGCGCAAAUCGGCCAAAUUCCCGGAAUUCUCUGAACAGUCGUCUCUCUAGUUCACAUAAUUCACUAAGCACAUCAUCUGCAAAUAAACCGGACGAUUCCAUAUUCAUUACUCAGGCAAUGUCCCAUGAUGCAUUACUAACUCGGGAAAUAUCUGAUUUUUAUAACGUGCCUAUAGAUUCAGAUAUAUAUGCUCUACCAAUAGAUAUGGUGAAAACAGAUAAAAAUAACAGAGUUGAGUACAAAGAAGAUAGAUGUAAAGAUUAUAAGAAAUUAAAUAAUUUAAUUUUAACUGAGGAAGAUUAUUGCAAACAUUCUAAACUAAGUCGUAAAAAUAAUAGAAAUAAACGAAAAAAACGGAAUGGAGACAAUUGUGAAAGCGAUGUGAAGUGUGAUAAUUAUCAGUUUGGCUCAACUGCUUUUAAAUCCAUGAAUAAAAAGCCAGAUAUUUUAAGUGCGACGGUGAAUUAUGAUACUCAUGGUGAUGGUCAUACACUGUUUAAUUUGAGCGUGCCCCAGGAACGGCUACAUAUGACUUUGAAUGAAGUAAAAAAAUAUUACCAAACUCUUUACUCUAGUACAAACAAUCGAUCAGAUACAAACAAUGAAUCGGUAAAAAAUGACUCAAUUAAACGAUCUAAUGAAACAAUAUGGAGUGAAUCAUCUCCACGUUUACGAAACAAGCUUUGUUCUAUCGGAGAAAAUGUUGCUGCAGAUUGCAAGCUAAGUGCUAGAAAUUUAAAUAAUGAAAAUAAUGACAAACUUAACAACAACAACAUAAAUAACAUUGUUUUGGCUAAUAACUAUAGCAUUACCCAAAAUCGAAUAAUAAAGGUUGAUGAAGCAGACUUAUCGUCUCAAGUCAUACGAAACGAGAAAAAAACGCAAUUUUCGCUCAAUUUGAAACAAAAGUUCUGUAAUAUAUUUCGUAUUCGUCGAACCCAACCGCAAUGUCAAACGAGCUCGUCGGGCACGGAAAUAAUUGCUGGUAAUCGGGAUCGUAGAAACACCGUAGAUAAGCACAAAAAAUUCCAGUCUAGAGCAUUGCCUCCCUUACCCAAUAAGACUGACUCGAAAAUGGCGCAAUGCAAAGGAAAUUCGAAGAGAAAACAGGAAGCAAGGUCCCUACAAUUUACUUCCAGUAUUGAGAAAGUAAAGGAUUAUGGAUGGUACUGGGGCCCGUUAUCAAGCGAAGCAGCGGAGAAAGUUCUUUCUACUGAACCAGAUGGAAGCUUUAUUGUACGAGACAGUUCUGACGACCAUUACAUUUUCUCCCUAAGCUUUAAACUAAAUAAUUGUGUUCGUCACGUUCGAAUAGAACAAGAUCAAGUUUUGAGCGAGUGGAGGCCGGUUAUAGAAUGAAGAAAGUGAGGAAGAAGAUAAACACAAUAGUUGAGGGUCCACAAAUUAUGUAUUAGAAUCAGAGAAUUAUUUAUUAUUUAGAAUCAGUAUUGCCGCUGAGCAAACUAUUACCACCUUGUAAUCCUCGAAAUCAUCAUAUGGGUGUAAUGCAUAUGGAUGUAAUCAUAUAGCUGCUAGCACAUUAAAAUUCACUUCAUAAGUAUUUUGUGAAUUGGAAAUAAAGGUUUAUAAAACAUUAGCGCAUCGAACUUCCGUUGCGGAAUCUUCGUAUAAGGAAAAUCAUGCGAUAAUAAUCGCAAGACGCAAGCAAACGUGUGCUAGGCAAAUAAUAGUAAUACUUGUUGUGGAUAAUAGGCAAACAACAAACUCGUUGGAAGAUCAAACGAAUUCGCCCAGCCGCUAUUACUUCACAAAAGAGUCCUUGAUAAAAGCCGCUGCGACGCUGGUUUGUUGUAUACUAUUUUUAUUUUUACGCAUUUAUUUCACAGCUCUUUUGCACCAUCAUUCAUAUAUUGCAGGCGCCUUCGAUUCGCCUUCUCUGCUUUCAAUCUCUGGACUCUGCUCACUUGACGAAAAAUUUCCAUGUGAAAGCAAGAACAGAGUUAUGCAGCAAGAUUCGCCGCCAGCGAGUGUAGUUAUACCUCAUAAAACUGGCUCACUAUUUUCAAUGCUGUCAACUCUUUUCUUAGAGAGUUACAUUAGACUGCGUUUAUACAGAGGGACUUUUGUUGCUUCUACUUUCCCAAUUCUCUUAUGAUGUUCCCGCCGUGUUCACACAUCUUGCAAUAGAACGCAAAGGGUGUUGACAAGGCACGAGCAUCACAAGUAACGUGUUUAAGCUACAACAAACUCGGUGAAACACCAAAAUGAUGAAAAAGGUUUUUUCUAAUAGCGGCCGCCCCUCGGCAGGCAAUGGCAAACCUCCCAGUGUAUUUCUGCCAUGAAAUGGCUCCUCAUAAAAAAUAUCUGCCGUUCUGUGUCGGUUUGAAACUCUAGAUCCCUCCAUUUGUGGAUCAACCUCAAGACGCACGGCACAAAUAGGAGGAGGAGCUCGGCCAAAUACCCAAAAAAGGG